AGUUCUGAGGAGCUUGAUCGGCCUGUUUUGUACUCAAUAUCUCCAGGGACGAGUGUGACACCUACAAUGGCUAAGAAGUAGUUAGUCAGUUGGUAACAUGUAUAGAAUAACAGGUGAUGAUUGGGACACAUGGAGAGACGUUGUGGCUCAUUUCGAUAUCUCCAGGGAUCUAUCUGCGUCUAGUAUGAUCGGUGCACAAGGUCUACAAGGAAAAUCAUGGCCAGAUUUAGAUAUGUUACCUCUUGGAUGGCUUACUGAUCAAGGUUCGAACUUUGGACCUCAUCGAGCGUGUAAUCUUACUAUUGAAGAACAGAAGACACAGAUGACAUUGUGGUCUAUUGCAAAGUCCCCUCUCAUGUUUGGAGGUGAUGUGAGAAAGCUUGAUGACGCGACUUAUAAUCUCAUCACUAAUCCUACACUUCUGGAAAUCAAUUCUUAUAGCUCUAACAACAUGGAGUUUCUUUACAUCACGGCGGCAAGCAACAAUCCUCAUCAUUCAAUAGGCAACAACGUUAAAACCAAACUUGCUUUUGGUCUGACUAGCUGCAAAGAACCAAAAGCCAACACUUGGUCCGUUGUAGACAAGAACAGUGGAAAAAUCUGUUGGAACCAAUACUCUGGCGAGAAACCAGAGAAGCCCUUUUGCUUAUACAACAGAAAAGCUCUUCUAUCUUCCAAUGAGGAGAUAGAACACAACCAGCUCUAUCAAGGUAAGCUUCAUUUACAAACAAAUGAUAAAGCAGAGUCUUGUUUAGGAGCUUCCUCAAGACAAAAGCUCUCUUCUAAAGACUUUAGUCGCGGUGCGUUAUCACUUUGCAAGCUAGACGCAAACCAGAUGUGGGAGCUCCACAGUAAUGGAACACUAGAAAACAGCUACUCUGGUCUUUGCGCCGUGUUAAAUCCAGUGAAAGCAGCGGGAGCUGGCUCCAAUGGCGUUCGUUCUUGGAUUGCCACGGGAAGAAGAGGAGAAGUAUACGUCGCCUUUUUCAACUUAAAUCCGGUGAAGACGACGGUAUCAGCUAAGAUAUCAGACAUUGCCAAGGCUCUUCAGAACAAGACGCAUCUUGAAGAAGCUUCUUGUAAGAGCCACGAGAUAUGGAGCGGUAAAGAUUUCGGACCAACGAAAGAUUCAAUAACGAUUCAAGUUGAAUCUCAUGGUCCUGCUCUGUUUGUUCUCCAGUGUAGCCAUGCAUGACUAUAUCAGAUCAACAGGCUGUUCUUUUGCCUUCUACUCACGACGUCGUUUUUCAUCAUAUAGAGUGUAAUGUUUCAUCUAAUGAAAACAGAGUUUAUGUAUAAACUAUGCUUUAAUAACAAUGCUCAUGAUAAUAAUUAGCAAACAAAACUAUA